AUGUUCAAGUUUAAAAACAAACUCAAGUUUGGGUCUUCAAAUGAUAAGCAGCAGGAACAGCAGCAGCAGCAGCAGCAGCAACAACAACAACAAUCGCCGAGCCACCAUCACCAUUCAGAGAACGGAUCAGCAGAACCAUCCUCACCUCCACCACCUCAAUCGACUAGCUCCGCCUCUUCUCAACAUCACUCCCUUGAUGCAUUGCUGACACCAAAGAGAACUGCCUCAGAGUCGAGAAAGACAACCUCCGUUGAUCAGUUAGGCAACGAUGUGUCUAAGUUAUCCAUUCAUGAUAGCUCCCCAGAUAAGCAGUCUACUUUACACAGUCAUUCAAGCAGUGAUAGAAAUGUCUCGUCCACCGAUUACAACCACAAUCAUACAUUGCAACAAACGGGCGACUUACAACCACCGACUACCGAGUCGAAUAUAACCUCGAAUUCUUCAAACUACAACAAUGGAUCCCCUGCUUCAUCUCAUCCUACCUCCGUAGGACAAGUUACAUCUGCAGUUUCAAACUCCAGCGAUUCAGCAGUUGCCGGUGUGAGCACCAACAACACCGCCUCCGGAACAACUUCAUCUCCCGGCUUAUUAACCGUCAAAAUAUAUGGCUCGCAAAAUAUUCAGUUACCAAUUAAAAUCAACAACAAUAAGCAAAUAUUGCACGCAUUGGCUAUUAAUUCAAGCAGUGAAAGCGUGGGACAACAAUUGUUGAAAAAUAUGGCAGAUGUCGAGCAAGAUAGUAGUGAGGUUGGCGAGUUUAUACUGGGCUCAAAUGCGGCAAAAUUGUUACCUUCGAUCAUCACAAUUCCGAAAUCUGAGAAUUUGGUCAAAUCAUUACUUUACUUGACUAUUGAGUUUGAAAACAACGUGUUGGUGAUUGAGCCACAGAAGGGAAGUGUUAACCAAUCGACUUGGAAUCAAGUUGUGUCGUUUGAUGUUACAAACAAGGUCCUGAAUAAGAACAGCAAUUCACAGUUUCUCAAUUUGAACUUGUUUAUGAGGUUACCAAAUGUUUUGAUUCCCGACUCGGAAAAGCAUCGUAGCAAGCAGUUGUUCACCAACUAUCAAGUAGAUGGUGCGGACAGAUCUACAACGUCCAAUUCAUCCAAUACAACUAGUACUCAAGUCAACAUUGGUGAUUUGUUAAUUGGUACAAUUAAACUUCCAUUGAAUACGAGGUCCCACUCUCAACAAGUCAGAUUAAUGCAUCACGAAUACUUGAAAUUUACCAAUUACAAUGCGGCGUUACUGGAUGCCAUCCGUCAAGAUAUGGGAGAAAUAAUGUUGACUAUAGAGUAUAAACCAUUGACAAGGAAACAUCUCUCGAUUGAUGAUUUUGAUUUGUUGAAAGUGAUUGGAAAGGGAUCGUUUGGGAAAGUUAUGCAGGUGGUUAAAAAGGACACUAAACAGAUUUAUGCUUUGAAAACGUUGAGGAAACAACACAUUGUAUCCAGACUGGAAGUGACUCAUACGUUGGCGGAAAGGACGGUGUUGGCACGGAUAACCAAUCCAUUCAUUGUUCCGUUGAAAUUUUCUUUCCAGUCGCCUGAAAAAUUGUACCUUGUUCUCUCAUUUAUCAAUGGUGGAGAAUUGUUUUGGCAUUUACAAAGAGAAGGGAAGUUCAGCAUGGACAGAUCGAGAUUCUACAUUGCUGAGUUGUUGACUGCUUUGGAAAGCUUGCACGAAUUGAAUGUAAUUUAUCGGGACUUGAAACCGGAAAACAUCUUGCUUGAUUAUCAAGGACACAUUGCCCUUUGUGAUUUCGGCUUGUGUAAAUUGAACAUGAGUAAUGACGACAAAACCAAUACGUUUUGCGGUACUCCGGAAUAUCUUGCUCCUGAACUUUUGCUUAACCAAGGUUAUACAAGAAGUGUGGAUUGGUGGACUUUGGGUACCUUGCUUUACGAAAUGUUAACGGGAUUACCACCUUUUUAUGACUCGGAUGUGCCUACAAUGUACAAGAAGAUUUUGCAAAAUCCGUUACGCUUCCCUCCAUUUUUGGAAAAUACUGAUGCUCAAGAUUUAUUGAUCAAAUUAUUGCAAAAGGAUCCACUGCAUAGAUUGAAUGAUGCACAGGCCAUCAAGAGCCACCCUUUUUUCAAAGAUAUUGAUUGGAACAAGUUGUUGAAUAAGAGUUAUUUACCUCCAUUCAAGCCAAAUGUUGAAAACUUACUAGACACUUCGAAUUUUGAUCAGGAUUUCACAAAUGAAAAACCUCAGGAUUCAGUGGUUGAUGAUUUCUUGACCGAGAGUGUGCAGAAACAAUUUGGUGGAUGGACCUACAAUGGUGACAAUGUACUAUAA